AUGUGGCACAUGGAUAUCCACCAGGUCUGGACACCCAGCUCAGUUUUCCUCUUUCCUCUCUCUUACAAUGAAAAACAAGAUCUAGCGAUGCCUCACUCUACGCUUCCCCUCGAGCUGCAACGUGCUCUAGAAAUUAUUGCUAAUACUUCUCGCGCAACACUCUAUGCCUGUCGCGACUCGGAUGCCUGGAAAUCUGUUAAGGCAGUUGUUAACUCUAUUGAUAACGAAGAGAACCCAAAUACUGAUGUCGAUUCAGCAACCUCAACGGAAGGUGUGGACAGGUCUCCAUCUUUUCCUCUAGCAUCAUCAGAUAGCGGCUCCGUGGGCCAUUCCUGCAAUUCCUCCUUGGUGCCUUCGAGUUCGCCCGUCGCCAUCCCUAGCUCACUACCGCCUGUAGAGGGUUCGACGAUUACAGAGAACCCAAAACUCCCAAAACAACCACCAAGAGAUAACUAUGAGUUCCUCGAUCUAGUGAGAGGCGGUUUGACAAAGCUUGAGCUUCUUUCGAAGAAGUACCCGAUCCUAGCUUCGAUUUUGCUCGAGGAGAAAGGGAGGCCGGCCAUCGACCCAACCAUACAAUACUUAACGGCGGUUGACGGUAAUAGAUCUCCCAGCGAGCUGGAGAUAGUCCUUAUGGGACUCUCUCAGCUCUCACAUGCCUCAGGUUUCUGCGAUUGGGAGAGGGAAGAAAAGAUUGUUCCCGCCAGGGUAGAUGUUAUCUGCUCCCUACUUUCAAAGGCGCCUAAGAAAAAUGGGAAGAUGAUUCGUUAUGCAAGAAUAAAGCAUCCUGAGUUUGAAGAUGUGGUCAGUAGGGGGAUAAAAGCGGGUAUAUACAAGAUGACCUUCGCGAAACUAUUCCAAAGGAAGACUGAAAAGGACAUCUUUGAAGGAACGCUCGCUAUUCUAAUAUUCGUUUUUAAGAAGUUUCGGUUGCUGACCCUCGAUCUAUACCCCGAUGUUAUUAAUUUGAUACUCUCCGAGAAGGAACCCGUUAAGGAUACACCCGAUGAGUUUGCACCAGAUGAGGUUGCACCAGAUCCUUUAAUAAUCGAUCGAAUCGAGGCUCUAUCGCCAUGGUUUGCAGAUCUGAGGAGUGACUUCGCCCGAGAUGUUGUUCCCAAAAAGAACGCUGGUCCCGAGAACGCUGGUCCCGAGAACGCUGGUCCUGAGGAUGCUAGUUCCGAGAACGCUGGAUCUGAGAUAGUUUCGCCCAUUCUAGCGUGUGAUCCGAUGACCGCGAUGGGCGGCGGAACCUUCGAUAGAACACCCCCUAUGAACAUUCGGGACCUAUUGACACAGGGUCACCCUCUCAAUGCGCAAGACAAAACGACUCGUUCCCACAUUGAUAAUGUUAGUAAUACCGGAGGCGAAGGUAACCUCGAUUACCAAGGUGGCCAUAGUUCCUGGCCAACGCCAGCUCCAAGAUGUACACACGAUGAUGUACUACCUGCCGACUCCUUCAGCCUAUCGCUGCAGAGUAACCAGGCAGCUAGCAACCCUACUAUAUACCCCCAGCACCCGGGUGCCUCUGACGACAUGGCUGUAGGGCAACCCCGCGCGAACGAAACGAACAAGCGGCCCUACCCAGUAGAGAAUAGUAAUGGACACCAAAUCUCGCAGCGUAGGAGAUUGAAUGGAGGGGGGGGAGGCGAUACCUCUUCCACCAGUAGCGUUCUCAUACCUUACCCUGAAGGGCACUCUGACCGGAUCGUCGAGAUUGAUAUGCCGGAGGAAAUGACUGGAGAUGAUCCUGGUGGGCCGAUACUUCCUGAUAGUAGGCCAGAUCAGUUUCCUGAAGCAACGGAACAUGAUAAGAACAACCAUAGGAAUAUAAACCUUUCCGACAAAAACCUCUCUUCCACAAUCGAAUAUCCCUGGGGGGGUAUAUUCAACACGGUCGAGUACGCUUGGCUUAAUGAGCAUACAUGCAACUAUCCUUGGCCCGAAAUCACUCCUUAA